AGCAAGUUCAUACGAAGGCAACGUGUGUAUCUGCGGUUUAUCAGGCUAUGAUCUGCAUAGACCGCAGCACUGUUGUAAGAUAUAUGUAAAUAACACACCACUUAUGAACAAGGAGGCAGAUUUGUAGAGAAAAUGCAGAAACUCAUAGAGUUUAAUGUUUUAGUUUGCUUUAUAAUAAAUUCAAAUACACUUAGAGUAUGUGCUGGAAUGAUUGUUUUCAAAACCAUGCAUUCAAAAACCCUUUUGAAUUGACUUCAUUAUAAUACGAUAUCAUAAUAAAUAAGCUAUUACGGUAUUUGAGAACAUCCAAUCACAAUGUAAAGAGACAAUGGAAGAGCUAGAAAUUUUGAAAGCUAGUGUUUCAUGUAAUGUUUUGAUCGAUGUUGGACAAUUUGUUCGUUUAGCGCCACAUUGAUUCUAAACAGUCCUGCCACUGAUACAAAACAGAUUCGAUUAAAGAAGAGUCCAUUGAUUCCAGUGACAAUGGCAGAGAAACGUGUAAAACUAAAUAAACAAAUUGGACUUUAAAUUUGGUGCUCGUCGCGAGACAAUUCAAUUUUCAUUAUAAAAAUACAUUAUGAAUUUAUUCAAUAUGACAAUUGCAGAGUUUGAAAAUAUGAAAGAAAACUGAAGACUACAUCUACACAGAACACGCAUCGAUAAGGACGACUGAAAACAUCCAUCAAAUUGAUACAAUUACUGACGAGAGGAACGACAUGGAGCUAGGCAAUGUUUUUACAGUUCAUCCAUACAGACUGCAAGGGACCGUGUUUAGCACAUGCAUGUGUCUUCUUUCAAUAAUAAACAUCCUGCUGAAAUCUUGCUUUAGUUUCGAGUUAUCAAGGCAUGAGAUUUUAAACAGGAUACUGAAUUCGUCCAUCUAUGAUCCUUUAAUCGCCCCAAACUAUGAUGACGAUUUUCCUACGAAUGUUUCCAUUCAAAUAGUGAUAAAAAACAUACACAGUCUUGAUGAAAUUAACAUGGACUAUUCAAUGGAUAUCAUCUUCAGACAAAAAUGGGAGGACAGGCGUUUAAAGUUCGAACAUUUUAAAGCCACCUCUUUAGAGCUGGACCACAAGAUGAUUGAAAAAAUCUGGGUCCCGGAUUCUUUUUUCCCUCAGGAAAAACGAGCCAAAAUUCACGACGUCACUGUUCCAAAUCGUCUGCUUCAUAUUUAUAAAAAUGGAACUGUCGUGUAUAGUAUGAGGGUGGAGAUGACUCUCUCUUGUGAAAUGAAAUUACAAAAUUAUCCCUUAGACAGACAGUUGUGUCCUAUGAAAAUUGAAAGUUAUAGUUAUUCAAAGGAAAACGUAGACUUUCGAUGGACAGACAACUCUCCAGUAAAAGUCCCAAAGUUGUCACUCCCCCAAUUUAAAAUGCCUGAAACCGUAGUGACUACAACCUGCCAAACUCAAUAUGAAGUUGGAGACUUCGCUUGCCUGUUAGUGGAACUUAAAUUUGAGCGAAACACCGGUUAUUACAUUUCACAGAUUUUCAUUCCAAGCAUACUAAUAGUGAUGUUAUCGUGGGUUUCGUUUUGGGUUGAUAUUGACGCUACACCUGCACGUGUCUCGCUAGGUGUCCUCACAGUUCUCACCAUGACAACGCAAAGUUCCGGUGCACGAAGCGCUUUACCGAGGGUGUCUUACAUUAAAGCCAUAGAUGUUUGGAUGGCAGUUUGUCUCACCUUUGUUUUUUUGGCUCUUUUGGAGUUUGCCUACAUCAAUGUUGUUUCACGGAGAAAUUCCAAACCUAUUCGCACUGCGUCACAAUGUGAUAACGCAUUACGUAAAGGAAUAAAUCCGACACUUGCGGCGUCAAACCAUAUUGACUUCAUUAAACGAGCCCGCCAUGUUGACAAAUUUGCCCGAGUUAUGUUUCCUUUGACAUUUUUUCUGUUUAAUAUGGGUUUUUGGGUGUUCUAUCUUGUUAUAAACAAGGACAAUACCUUUUAACGUCUGUGCUGACUAUCUUUAAGAUGUAAAACUGUUGUAACUUGUACAUAUUAUUUAUCUUGUAUAAAUUUCUGUAAUUUUGAACAAUACUAUUUUAUCUAACUUUAUUUUCUAUGCAUGAAAUACUAGAUAUAAAGAACAUUAAAAUGGUUUAAAAA